AUGUGUGGUGUGUCUGAAUUUUGAUACAGUUUCCAGGAGAAACAGCAUGUGGCUGUAAUGUACACAUAGUGAUGAUAAACGCCAUAUCUCAGUCUCUGACACUUCCUACUCCUUCCAUCCCCAGCAGAGAUAAGAACAACAUGAGACCUAAGAACCAGAGCAGCAUGUCCGAGUUCCUACUCCUGGGGGUCCCCAUACGGCCAGAGCAGCAGGGCAUGUUCUUCUCCCUGUUCCUGGGCAUGUACCUGACCACGGUGCUGGGGAACCUGCUCAUCAUCCUGCUCAUCAGGCUGGACUCUCGCCUCCACACGCCCAUGUACUUCUUCCUCAGCCACUUGGCCUUCUCUGAUAUCUCUUUCUCAUCUGUCACCGUCCCAAAGAUGCUGAUGAACAUGCAGACUCAGCACUUAUCCAUCCCCUAUGUGGCAUGCAUUUCCCAGAUGUAUUUUUUCAUAUUUUUUGUCUGUCUUGACAAUUUCCUUCUUGCAGUGAUGGCAUAUGACAGGUAUGUGGCCAUCUGUCAACCACUCCACUACACCACUGUCAUGAGGGAGGAGCUGUGUAUCUUACUGGUGGCUGGAUCCUGGUUCUUCUCAUGUGCCCAUGCCCUAUUGCAUACUCUCCUUCUGUCCCGCCUGUCCUUCUGUGCUGACAAUACCAUCCCUCAUUUCUUUUGUGAUCUCACUGCCCUUUUGAAGUUGAUCUGUUCAGACACCUCCCUCAAUGAGCUAGUUAUCUUCACCGAGGGGGGAGUGUUUGCCUUCCUGCCAUUGUGUGCUAUUUUGGGCUCUUAUAUUCACAUUGGGGCCACCAUCCUAGGGGUUCCCUCCAUCAAGAGGAUCUGCAAAGGCUUGUCCACCUGUGGCUCCCACCUCCUUGUGGUGUUUUUGUACUAUGGGACUCUUGCAAUGAUUUACUUCAUUCCUUCAUCAAACAAUUCCAAAGUCAAAGAUAUAAUUGCUUCAGUUAUAUACACAGUGGUGACACCCAUGUUAAACCCCUUUAUCUAUAGCCUGAGGAACAGGGACAUGAAACUGGCUCUGGGGAUACUUUAUAGGAGGAAAAUUAUUUUUUCUAAGUAACAGUUACUCACUCAUAUUCUUAAUUUUCCUAGUGAUGUUUCUAGAGACACCUCCUUGAAAAAUUGUGUAGGUGACUGUUGUAGAUAGCAAAAAUGGCCAAAUUACUUCACUGCCUCUCUUAUAAAUGUGGUUUGUUUCCUUACCCACUGAAUUGGGACAGGACUUCUGACUGACUUUGACUAAUAGAUUCAGUGAAAGUGGUGUGAGAUUUCCAAGCCUAUGUAGACUCUGUUCCUUCUCCUCUUGGAACCUUGAGACCACCAUGUGAAAUAGUCCAAGCUAGGGUGUGUGAAGAUGAGGGCCAUGUGAGGGAGAACCAAGAUGCUCCAGCUAACAAUCAACCAACUCCCUGGUGACCUGGUAGGUGACAGCAGAAGCAUGAGUAAGCCCUUGUUGUGGUCAGUUGAACCAAACCCAGAUGAGAAGCCCUAUCCAGCUAGCACAUUCCCUGCUCAAAUUGCAAGUGCAUGGAAUUGUCAUAUAAACAAGUGGCUGUUGUUAAGCCACUAAAUUUGGGGAUGGUUUGUUAUGCAGCAAAAGCUAACUGAUACAUUGACUGCCUUUGUUUCCUUGUUUUCCUUGAUUUCAAUGGUCUCUCCCCCCUUUUUGGAUCCCUACUUGGAUUGUAUUCCCUGCCUAUUUUUCAGGUUAUGAUCUCCAUAACCUAUUGCCUUAGCUUUAGGUAUCUUUUCUUGUCCUCAUUAUUCUCCCAUAAGCGUUGGUAUAUGGCAUUGUCAGCAACUCUCAUUUUUGUCAAGUCAACAUUUUAAGGUAUGGCCUUAUCUAUCUGAAGAGAUAUAAGUGAAUUGCUGUGAUAUCAAAACACAUGAACUUCUUUUUCUGAAAGAAGGUUAUACAUUCUGUUUCUUCUUGAAGAAGAGAAACAAUCUUAGACUAAGAUUUGCGGUCUAAAUUAUGUUGCAUUUUGUAUAAGUUAUACCUUCUGACCCCGUAACUUACUGAUGCCAAGUUAAAGAGAUAAGAAUUCUCAAAUGUGAGGGGCGCCUAGGUGGCUCAGUCAGUUAAGUGUCUGACUCUUGAUUUCAGCUCAGGUUACAAUCUCAUGGUUCAUGAGUUUGAGUGCCACAUUGGGCUCUUUGCUGACAGUGUGGAGCCUCCUUGGGAUUCUC